AGCCGGGGCCCCACGCAGGUCUUGUCUUCUUCUGGCUGCAGGUGCCUUUGGGUCUCAUCUCUGACCUCAGGGAGCCUGGAUUCUGAGGGAAUGGCCUCUGGGAUUAGCCAAGCCCCAGCCCAGGGGUUGGUGACAUUCAAGGAUGUUGCUGUGGACUUUACCCAGGAGGAGUGGGGCCUCUUGGACCAUUCUCAGAAGGAUUUGUAUAAGGGAGUCAUGCUGGAAAAUGCCUGGAACCUGCUCUCCCUGGCCUCAAAAUUAAUGCUGUGGAAUCUAUCCUUCGGGAGUCCUGGGAACCACCCUGGAGUCCUUGCUUGCAUGCCCUCGUGGAAGUCAGGAAUGCCUGAGCCUGACUGAGAAAUAGAAUUUGGACUAACUAGGUUGAGUUUGCCAGCAGGACACUCUUCCCCCAAGGAGGUAAACACCCCUGAAUGAACAGUACGGAAGGUUUAUAUAGGGGUCAGGGAUGAGGAGCCAGGAUGAGGACUGGGCAAAGGCUGAUUCCUCAAGGUCCCAG